CCGGAGACGGACAACAAGCCACAUCACAAGGAACAGUGCGCCAUGAGUUCUACACGAGUUACCGUUAUCAUUCUAAUGGUGUCCCUUGUGGCUUCAUCUGCGGCAGAAGCGAGUAACGAGGACCCCAGUGAAGGACGCGUCGGGCACAGAGUGCAUCGUAUGGGUGGCUGUGCGGAGACUGUUUUCAGACGAUGCUCGGCCCUGUUGGAGGCGAUGUACCGUCUUCCCGCCUUCGAACUGCGGGGUCUGGCCGGCAUGCACCGCUUCUGCGAUACGGAGCAGGCAUACGUGCGAUGUGUGGCCAAAGCACACCAUUGCCGUACGGAUGAGAUGGCGGCAGUGAAGCGUCUGGUGGUGGGGCUGUCCAUGGUGGCUACACACCCCUACUGUCCCAACAUGGACUAUUCCGCCGUUCUCCAAUACACCGGAGAAAUCUCCCUCCAGUGCACGAGUCUGGAUGUUGAGAUGUGCCUGAUGCAUGAGCUGAGCAGUGCGGGGGCCGGCUGGGACCACUGCACCACCCGCCCCAUGUCCUUCAAGUGUUUCAUGGAACACUGUCUGGUGGGCGACCCAACCCCCUCCCAACUCACCGCUGCAGCCAUGAUGGCCAAGGUCAUGGCAGACACCUUCAGGGAAGACACUUGUCAGCAGGACUCUCCAGACUAUGACUUGUCAGACUUGUACCAAGGCUAGAAAAGACAAUUAAGUGCUUACAACACCUUUGGCACCAAAAUGCAACAUUUUCUGAUUGUGUUAAGAAAUAACAGUGCUCAACUGCUUUUGUUUUUAUAGUAGUCAAUCAACAUACAAGUUUGCACAAAAUACGCACUCUUCUGUUAUUGAACAUUGUGUUAUCUAAAUUUAUUCUACGAGCUCUAGAUUUUUGCUAUUUCCCAUCUUAUUUAUAGUUGGCCACUAGUUGACAUCAUGGUAAACAUGACAGCAAGUUUUGACACUGGAAAUGUAAUUUUGAAAAUGUGCUUUUCAAAAAUCUGAAUAUUUUGCUUUGUGGUGUCAUUAGCACUUGAAGCAAUAUGUCUACUUGGGUGUUUACCCUUGAUUUGACCAUUCCUCAAAUUUACUGUAUUUCGAUUAGGAAGAAAAAGUUUUAGCAUUUGAUCAGAUAGCUGUAAGUAAUACUAUGUGAACAUAUCUCGUCUCUAGGAAAGAAAACGUACAUGUCAGUGAACUUUAAAGAUGCACCGCCCUUUGUGCGGGGAAAUUACAUGUAUAGCUUUGGAGGAAAUCUAUAGUUUCCAUAUAGAAAAAAAUGGCUCCACUCCUGGAGUGUUGCCAAAAAAGGGUAACCAAUAUCUUUCUGCAUAUCACUGUUAAGUAGGUACAACACAUGGUUAGACAGAUCUAUACAGUAAGAAUGCAACAUUCUUUGCCCACAAAUAGGACACAUAAUGAUUGUGUGAGUCACAUUGGAGAAAUAGUGGCCACUACAUAUGAAAAGUGGGUAGAAACCAUAGUGAACUUUGAGGAUUACUAUUUCAAAAGCUUCUUGACAACUUUCUAGACUUUUUGUAGAAAUUCUGAGAGGAAAGUUACUGAAAAGACAUUAAAGAAUCUGACAAGUCA